AUGUCUAAGGUGCACCUUUAACCUAACCCUAACCCUAACCUCUGAUUUAUUAGACUAUUACCUAAGAAAUUACCUAACCGCCCGAUUUACGUUCACGCUGGUUGCCCUUGUUCAAUUGUGGAUCAACAUCAACCAUCCCCAUUCAUCAUCCCUCCUACAUAAUCGCAACAGUGCUGUGACAGGUGCACGCGCAGGGUCCUGUAUCUUAUUUACUGACGACAUCAUGGAAUCGUCGUGAGCAUGAAUACUGCAGUCUUUCUUUUUUCUUAACUAAAUUCACUCGUUAUCUACCAUGUCGCUGAUACGGGUGGAGGAUUUGGUCUCGUACCAGCUUCGAACAAGCUACCUCAACGAAGUCGCUGAUGGUGUUGGCGAGCGCCUUAUCACUAUCAAUGAUACCUUCCUCAACACCGCUCCUUUCAAAGCCGCUGGCUGGCGAUCUAAUCCGUCAUACAUCAAACGAACCCAUUCGCCCCCGAUACCCACUGCUAUUGCCUCUGAAUACUUUCAGGCCGCGCCCAGAGCCACCGGCCUAACGCUUGAGGAUGAGGCAGAAGAGGGUGGCAUGCUAACUGGAGGUGGGGGAGACACAUUGGGACCCGGAAGCGCAUUGAAGCGUCGAAGAGAAAGGCGCCGCGAACAGAUGGAAGAAGACGAUAGCAGUGACUUGAGCGACGAGAGCGAUGAUGAUACCGAUCAGAGGGCUGCCCAGCAAAUACGAUUUGCGAAGAUGCCACUUAGAAGUCGCGCUGGCUCGUCGCCAAUUCAAUCGUCUAAUCUACGUCAAGCCACCACGAUGUCAUCUCCACGCACCGCCCCAGCACCGAGACGAGGGUCGCAACCUACGUUAGAGACCGUUAAGGAACGGCCACGACGAGACACCGUCACUAGUAGUGAGGUUUCAUCCGACAACGAAUUCGAUGCUUCGGGUUUCCAUAAGAAUCGAGAGGCCGCAAGAGCCAGGGCGGCGAGGUUGCAUUCUAAAUCUUCCGCGGAAUCAGGUCAGGGUAUCAAACGCCAGGGGAGCGAAUUGCUGGCCGAAGAGGACGAGAACUCAGACGCAUCCGAUACAUCAUCAGCUUUUGUCGCAAGUGUUGAUUCGACUUCUAUCUUGGAUACUGUUGAGAACCCGGCGGUAGGUACCUCGCCUGGUCAACAGGUCGUAGGAACCGUGCCGAAGCAGUUGCUUCGUCAGUCCACAGUGAGAAAACCGCCGCCUCCGCCUCAGUCGCAGAUGCUUCAAGCCCUACCCCCUCCUCGACCUAUGAGCACAAUCAGGCCCCUAAGCAUGCUUCAGCCUCGUAGUCUGCUAUCAGAAUCUUUUAAAGCGAAGAAGACUAAGCCAUCCAUGCCAUUUGACACGUUCGCAACCUUGUCUGGUCAAGGAGAUCCUGACCCUCUUCGAAUGCGAAUUUACGCGCCAUUCUCCGAAGAUCCUGAAAAGCCUUUUGAGGUGCUCAUACGUCGAAAUAUUCAAGAGGCAGAUGGAACUUUUAGGCCAGUAACUGUUGCUGAGUUGAUUGGUCUGAGUCUAUGGAGGUACCAUGCUGAAAAGCUCCAACCUCCGGUACCUGCUGAUAAGCUGAAUGUGAAUUGGUGGACGUUGAGAAUGGUUGAAGAAGGCGGCGAAGUGGAUGACGAUUUUGAACCGCUGGAUCGUAAGAAACCCGUCAAUUCGUUUACUACGGCAAACAACAGGGCAGCAAGAUCGCGGUCUGCAUCUAAAGCCUACGACGAGUUUGCCUUGGUACAAGCUUCGGAAGCUGGCUUCAUAGACAACCAGUCUCAGACUCCCCAGUAUGAGCAGCAAAAUGUAGCGGAACCUGUGGCUGAUGAAGAGGCGACCCCAAAGAGUACGCCCCAACCACAAGCUUCCCCAUUGACGGCAUCACAUCCGCGCACGAAUCCAAUCAUCACAACCACUUACCGGGUGGACGCACCGCUGGCCGAUAAACCUGAGCGGAAGCUUGACGCGCCAGCUGCAAGUAGAGGUCAACAUAAACUUCUACGGGUUCGUAUUAUGUCAUCCGAUAUCGCCCCUGGACAGAUGGUUACUCUUGAUGUCACAACGGAUAUGUACUUGGCUGAGGUUCUUGAUCUUAUCUGUCGUAAGAGACAACUUGACAAGAAUAUACAUGUCCUUAAACUCCCCGACUCCGGAGCUGUGGUCUACGAGGACCGUACAGUUUCGUCUAUUGGCAACGCCAUGGACCUGGAACUUCAUCGUCGCCGCUUUGCAAUAGAUGGUUUAACAAUGACAGGUUCUCCUAGCAGUCCAUCACCCAAGCCACACGUAUGGAAUGAGGUGCCCCAGAAGGGGAAGAAGAAGCUCAUGACGACGCAUCCCCUUGCCCAGGAAACCAUGAUGCAAGAUGAGGCCGGUAGUGGUGAUGUGAAAUACAAGAAAUACACCGUUUGGCGUAAGCAACCGAUGAGGUUUGUCGGCAUGAAUGAGCGAAUACUUGUCAUUGAUGGCGAGUACGUGUAUAUUCAGCCAUCCUCUGGGGGCAAGGCAACGCGCGAAGGAGGCAAGACUACAACUGUUCACUUCAGUAACGUCGUUGGGUGCAGUGUUUCUCGCCGCCACCCAACCAACUUUAAGCUUCUCGUAUAUAAAGCUACUGAGAGCAAAAGGUAUGACUUUGAAGCCAAGAGCACCCAAGAGGCAGCAGAGAUCGUGCGUGAACUUAAGAAGGGAAUUUCUCCUUACAACAGGGACAUAUAGGGAAUGCCCUUGAAGGGCACGCUUGGAGAAGCUGUUAUUCAGAUCUAGUCAGAGCACGGAACUCCGCCCGUGAGUUUCUGUCAGCUAAAGUCGUGAUGAUUUAGGACAUGUCCACCGGGAGGCUCGGACACCUAUCUCACAGACCACACAAUGUGUACGCCACCGUUUGUCAUUCUA